UGGGCCCGCACAAAGCGGAAGAACGCCGAGAAUCCCUUCAUCCUGCCCUCCGUCGGCGCAACGCUGUACGCAAUGUACAGAAUGACCUCGUCGAUGCUCCGAUCGGACAAGGUCGGAUUCCAACAGUCGCAGCAGACGAGGGUCGCGUUCCAGUUCUUGGCGAUUGGGGCGCUUGUUGGUGGGAUCUGGUGUGUUGUUUGGGUUUUCCGUAGGCGGAUGUAG